AUGUCGCUCACACUAGACAAGGAAAUGGUGCACCUAGCGCCUGAGCAUCAGCUACGCGCCAUCCUCCUCGCCCUCUGCGAUGACCCAACUGUUCUCAAACGCGCACUGAACCACUACCGCGCGCUCAAAGCGGCUGACAAUCCUACCACGGGACUUAAGCGCAAGGCUUAUAACGAUUUGUUUGUCUGCGUGCAAUGUGACGAGGCGUUCACGAACGAGGUUAAUACUGAGGAGCCUUGUCGUUAUCACCCAGGCGAACUUGAGGUAGAUGAUGAGGGCGACUUCUGGGCUGAUCAUGAUGAGAAUUGUCACGGCGAGAUAGAUACCGACGACAUGCGUGAGGAGUGUCCUGAUGGCUUCAUCUGGGAUUGCUGUAACGAGCUGGGUGGUUCAAAGGGAUGCACCGCCGGAAAACACAUGGCUGAUCCAGGGCGGUCGCAACGAGGUGGUAAUGUUCCAGCGGGUAGCCAGAUGAAGAAGAAUGCUGGUUCACAUCGCUAA